AUCAAACCUGUGACAGCUGGGUCCAAAUGCAGCAGCUUUAACCAGUCCACUAGCAGCUCUUUGUGAUGUAUUGUAUUUUUGGAAGUAGGCGCAGUAAAACACGUAGUAAAACACGUAGUAAAUCUUUAUCGCUGCCUGUGCUCCAUAGUAUAACACAUGGAGCAGCUGGUAGCGUAGUCGUUCCAGGUGUGUGGAGCCACAGGUCACAGGUUGGAGUCCCAGCUGUAGAACCCUUGAGCCAGGUAUGUGUGGUGGGAGGGACAGAAGUCGCUGUGCUGAAAUUAAACGGAAGUUCCACAUCGACCACAAAAUGCCAACUUUAGCCUCGCUUGUUCCGUCACAGCGCACCUCGUGUGGCCCGUUUACCGCGCUCCUUUCCAGCAGCUCGCUCCAGGAAGGGAAACUCGAGAGCAGCGCGGGCACGAGCGGCAGGACGUUCGUUCUUCAGCCUCCUCGUCGAUCCCGCGGCCGCCGUGUGGGGAAGAAAAAAAAAAAAAAAAAAAACAGUCGGGAAAGAGGAGCCGAAGCAGAAGCAGAAGCCGAAACCGUCAGUUGUACCGGCGACGUGGUGGGAAAAACUCCCGUGACCGAGUGCGAGUCAGUGAGUGGCUCCAAAACAAAAAGCUCUUUUCACUUUUGAAAGAAACUGACUGAGGAGAAAAGACGCAGCAGAGAAGAAGAACUUUGAGUUUGAACACAGAACAGUUCUAUUUUUUUUCCCACCUUACAAAAUGGGGCCCAGCGACGACGGUUCGGCUAACCGUCGCCGGUGUGCGAGCCGCGUGCGAGUACAUACGUAAACGAGUAAGGAACGAAGUACAUUUAAAACGAGUAAAUGAGUGAGUGAGUGAGUAAAUCAUGAGCGCGCGGAAGGCGGACGUGGAGGCGGAACAGCCCCAGCUCCAGCCCCAGCUCCAGCCCCAGCUCCAGCAGCGCCCCUACUACUCCCUCUCCGACCUGCUCUUCACCGCCGCCGGCACCUUCACCUUCCUGCUGGACGUGGGCGCCGACGCGUGGGUCGCGACUCGCUUCUACCUCCGCGGAGACGCGCUGUGGUUCGGCCUCUGGGUGGGAUCCAUGGCCGCCUCGUCCGUCCUGCUGCAGACCUUCAGCUGCCUCUGGCUCCGCUACGACCGCGAGCUCGGGGGGCGGGGGGAGGCUCCGCGCGCGCUGCUGUGCGCGGGAGAGCCGCCCGCGCGCUCCUAUGUGCUGCACGCGCUGCAGCUCGGCUUCCUCUUGAGGCACGUCUCCGCGCUGUGGCAGGGCGUCCGCGUGUGCUGUGGAGAAGCACGGGGCGCCGAGGCCCUUACCUACAUGACCCACGACCUGAGCAUGCUGCGACUUAUCGAGACGUUCUGCGAGAGCGCCCCACAGCUCACGCUGGUGCUCUACAUCGUGCUCCGCACCAACCAGGCCGAUCUCUUGCAGGGGCUCAGUUUGGCGGCCUCCACGAUCUCUAUCGCCUGGAUGGUGGUGGACUACCACCGCUCCCUACGCUCCUUCUUGCCUGAGAAGGCCACGCAGGGCUUGGGAUCAUCUGCCGUGUACUUUGCGUGGAACCUGCUGCUGAUUGGUGCGAGGAUGUGCUGCCUGGCCAUGUUCGCGUGCGCGCUGCCCCACUGCUUCCCCCUGCACUUCCUGCUGCUCUGGUCGGCCCUCGUGCUCUGGGCCCGUCUGCAGAGGACCACCUUCAUGGACAGCACCGGUGGCGAGUGGCUGUACCGGGCUAUGGUGGGCCUAGUCUGGUACUUCAGCUGGUUCAACGUGGCGGAGGGCCGCACACGGUGCAGGGCGCUCAUCUACCACUCCUUCAUGGCUGUCGAUAGCGUCAUCGUUGUGAGCACGUGGUGGUGCCUCAGCGAGAGCGAGGAGAUGCAGCUCUACGCGCCAUGGCUCGUCUCCGCCUUGAUCGUCUCCAACUUGCUGGGUCUUCUGCUCAAACUGCUCUACUAUCACAGUUUCCACCCGACGCUCGCGCUGCCCCCUGCAGCAGGGGAGGAUGCACCCGACAACCAGGUGUCUUUCAGGUCCUUCUCGGUUCAGGCGUCCUAUCUGUGGCGGAGGCAGAACAAGAGGAUGGCCUACCAUGCCAGCUGUUUUUACGUUCCCGAGCACCCCCCUCCGGAGAAAAGAAAUAUCAGCGUAAGCUGGGGGGGGGGCACUUACGAACUCUCAAAAUUGGAAGAAGGGAUGCAGUAGUCAGAUGGAUUCACCCAGAGGUACUCUCUUGGGAUCGAGGUAGGAUGUAGUGACUAUGCCUAAGUGUGCAGUUAACCAAUAAACGAACGCAGGGAUUGGAUUGUGUUAGUGAUGCAUAAAGGUGUCGUGUUCACUCAUGGAAGAUUGUUGAAGUGCUGCUAUGCUCUGCCUACACAAUUUUACGGACACGUAAAGCUGUUUCAUGACCGCAUUAAUGCCAAGUGAUGUGACGGUACCAGCUGAAAACUAGAAAAUGUAUUUGAUACAGAAAACACUUUUGCUACAUCGCAUUUCCAGGAGCUGCAACUAAUUAGUGUUAAAUACAUGUGUUUCAAGUUUCUGUCCAAUAAAUGUGUGAAACGA